UCCAUUAUUCUGUCCCUCAAUUUGAGUGUCCAACAGCACACCAAAUUAUCUAAUCCUCACCACUUCAAUUGUUCAUUACUCAGCCAACUUAAACAAAGUUAUACUCUAAAUCUUCCCAUGCUUCCUGCCCUGUGCCUACGUUCUCCCAAUACUACACCAGCCCCAGGUAUUGGUAAAGAAAGCCAUACAAAUCCAAAGCAUUUUGGAGUCAAUUAUGCGUUUCAAGUCCCUAUUGCUACCAAAUAUCGCUAUGUCAUUACCAAGGCUGCAAAAGACAACCAAAGCACAAACCGAAACACAAAACCGAAUAGUGUGAUUUGUGCUGACUGUGAUGGAAAUGGAGCUGUUCUAUGCUCUCAAUGCAAAGGCAGUGGGGUGAACUCUGUUGAUAUUUUCAAUGGACAGUUUAAAGCCGGUGACUCUUGUUGGCUUUGCGGAGGCAGGAAGGAGAUGUUAUGCGGGAAUUGCAAUGGAGCAGGCUUUGUUGGUGGCUUCUUGAGCACUUAUGAUCAGUAGGAAAAAAGUCCUUGUAGCCAUAUGCGCAAUAACAUACACAUGUAUAUUGUGUCUUUAAAUACUUUCACUCUGUAGAUUUCAUAUUUGGUAAUUCUCAGUUCACUUGUAGACAUAGCGGUCGUUUAAAAAUGAAUAAACAGAUUUAUGUAGUAUCAUAUUUGCCCCCUUUCU